GAAGAAGCUCACUAUGGCUCCAGUCCCCUGGCCAUGCUGACGGCGGCUUGCAGUAAGUUUGGCGGCUCCAGCCCUCUGCGGGACUCAGCGGCACUGGGAAAAGGAAGCACAAAGAAGCCAUACUCUGACCUUUCAGCCCCCAAAGCCAUGGGGGAUGCCUACCCAGCUCCCUUUUCCAGCACCAACGGCCUCCUCUCACCGGCAGGCAGCCCUCCAGCCCCAGCCUCUGGCUAUGCCAAUGACUAUCCACCCUUUCCCCACUCAUUUCCUGGGCCCACUGGCGCCCAGGACCCUGGGUUACUGGUACCCAAGGGGCACGGCUCUUCCGACUGCCUGCCUAGUGUCUACACCUCUCUGGACAUGGCACACCCCUAUGGCUCCUGGUACAAGGCAGGCAUCCAUGCAGGUAUCUCACCAGGUCCAGGCAACACACCUACUCCUUGGUGGGACAUGCACCCUGGGGGUAACUGGCUAGGUGGAGGGCAGGGCCAGGGUGAUGGGCUGCAAGGGACACUGUCCGCAGGCCCUACUCAGCCUCCACUGAACCCCCAGCUGCCUACGUACCCAUCUGACUUUGCCCCACUUAAUCCAGCACCCUACCCAGCGCCCCACCUCCUGCAACCAGGGCCCCAGCAUGUCCUACCCCAAGAUGUCUACAAGCCCAAGGCAGUUGGCAAUAGUGGGCAGUUGGAGGGAAGUGGUGCAGGCGAGCCCCCCCGGGGUGCGGGCACCGGGGGCAGCGGUGGAUAUGCCGGCAGUGGGGCAGGGCGUUCCACUUGCGACUGCCCCAAUUGUCAGGAGCUAGAGCGGCUCGGGGCAGCAGCGGCUGGGCUGCGGAAGAAGCCCAUUCACAGCUGCCACAUCCCUGGUUGCGGCAAGGUGUACGGCAAGGCUUCACAUCUGAAAGCCCACCUGCGCUGGCACACUGGCGAGAGGCCGUUCGUCUGCAACUGGCUUUUCUGCGGCAAGAGGUUCACCCGCUCGGACGAGCUAGAGCGCCAUGUGCGCACUCACACCCGGGAGAAGAAGUUCACCUGCCUGCUCUGCUCCAAGCGCUUUACCAGGAGCGAUCACUUGAGCAAACACCAGCGCACCCACGGGGAGCCAGGCCCGGGGCCGCCCCCAAGUGGCCCUAAGGAGCUGGGGGAGGGCCGUAGCGUCGGUGAAGAAGAAGGCAGUCAGCCUCCCCGAUCUUCCACCUCGCCUGCACCCCCAGAAAAAGCCCCUGGAGGCAGCCCGGAGCAGAGCAACCUGCUAGAGAUCUGAGCUGGGUAGAGGAAGAUCUCCAGCUCCAGGUCCUCUUGGUGUGGGGGACCACUGCUGCCCCCCCCGCUCUUUCCUAUGCAUGCUAUACUUUGGGGCUCUCUGCCUUCCCCUAGACCUUCCUGGGUUGUCUCCUUAGCUCGCUUCCCUUUGCCGCGAGGCUUAGGCAAACUCCUCUCAAGCCCUUGCUUGUGUCUAGUCCUGUGCUCUGGCUUCCUGAACUUUUCCCUCCCUGCCCGCCUCACAGCUUCUCUUACUUUCCUCCCGUUUCCCGUCACUCUUCUUUUCUGCUUCCCAACCCUGUUUGCCACCCCCACCCCACCCCGCAGCUUCAGGCUGUUCCAGACUUCCCCUGGGCUUUCCAGUCCCUUGAGCCUUUUUUU